AAGGCCACGUUUUCCAACUAUUGAUUCAUCUUCUUUGAUUCUGACUCAUAGUGACUUGAUAGUGGUAGGGUUUUUUUUGGUUUUUAGUUUAUUAAAAUGUAUUUCAAACUUUGUACUUUCAACAGCUUGAACACUGGCUGCAAAGUAUGGAUAAGUAGGGGAAAAUGGUAACAGAACAUUACUAAUGAAAUGGCCGACUAUCUUACUUGACCACAUGAAAGCUUUAUUGACACACUUGGGAUCUAGAACCAUUUGGUUUUUAUUUUUUAUACAUUUAUUUAAAGGGGAUCCAAUUUUAUAUGUUAGUGAAAAAUUCUGAUCUAAAUAUAAAAUGUUCAGCUUACUGAAUAGCAAAUGCAUCCAAAGAGUAAAAAGAGAAACUGUAUAAUAGAUGCUGAUAUUACUCAAUCCUACAUAUCCAUUCACUUUUCCAAUAUUUUUAAAGGAAAGUUUAUAGAUUUGGGUAUGUAUCAUCAGAGUUAAAUUUUUUUUGCAAUGGAAAAAUGUCUUUUAAAACCUCUAUAAAUUACCAAUAGCUUACAUUUAAAAUGCUUGACCCACGCACUCAGAGUGUAUAUAGUAUAUAUGCUAUUUGAAUAUUUGAAUCAUUAGUUUCAUGUGUAUUGAAGACAACUUUCCAGUGGUAAUUGAAGUGUUCAUACAAUUGAAAGGCACUUGCUUGGACAUGUUUUGAACCUAACUCUUGAGUCAGUAGGGUUCUUUAUGUUUGCAUAAAGCAAAAGUAUCAAUGACUGGCUGUCUAGAAUCCUGACUACAAUGGGCAGUUUAAGAUGCUCUAAUGCUAUUGUGCUAUAAGGUGAGUUCAAUAUCAUUAUGUACCUGCUAAGCUUUAGAACUACAGUACGUUAUGUAGGUAAGACGAUGUUAAUGAACAAUUUCUAGUUUGGAAAUGGAGUUAAAACUGAAAGACACCUGCAAGAAAUAUGGCCUUUGGUAUGUUUAUUAACAACUGAAGAAUGCCAAUAACAAAUAUACAUUUUAUGCAUAUUACUUUUCUUGGAAUAUAGAAGAGCAGAAAAUAAUGACAAGAACUCCUACUUUCGCCCUCAAAUCCAAAUCACUCCCCAUUGUUAAAAUACUUGGGAAGAAACAGUAAAAUUCAGAACAAUAAUAAUAUAGUGUGAGAAAAAAAUCACUUGUGGAAUAGUUUGUUAAUCAUACUCAUUUAAUUAAAAGUACACACUUGUAAGCUAAGAAAAGAGUCUCCUGCUUCUUAAUGUGCUUCUAUUUUUGAAGGUCAAUCUGCUUGCUUAUCUGUCAAAUCUUUUUGGGGAGGAUGGUGAUAAAGAUAAGAUAGAAAAAAAGUGAAACAUCAGAUAAAAAUAAAAUCUAUGAGUGUUAUAACUUUGAUAAGUCAGAAAAAGAAAUACAGUCAAAUAUCAAUACAUAUCAAGUUGAUAUUUCAAAGAUUUUUAUACUAUAUCUGCCACCACCAACACUAUCUAUCUUUCAUUUGUGUGUUUUUCUAUAUUUGAUUUCAUUUGGCCCUCAAUUCUACUAAGGUAAGCAGGGACGAUAUUAUGACCAUGUUAUGAAAACGGAAGCUAAAAGCACUACAAUGCCAACAUACAUCUUGAGUAAAGUUACCUCUACUCUUUGACAACUAAAAAUCACUGUGAUUUGGAUGAAUAAAGUUCAAGUUCAAAGAAAUUUCACUCAGACUGAAGAUGUAGUAAAUAUUUAAUAUGUAAGAAAUCCUGGUAACAAGGGGGAGACUGAGGAGGUAUUAGUCAGUAUAGAGUAGAAUUUGCUCCUACCCAGUUCCUUACUCGGGGCUGAUUUAGUAAGCGCUGUUGCAGUUCUGCUGCCGAGGCGCGCGGUGCCGCUGUUGGCUAGUGCUGAGCGAAGUAUCUGCUCCUCCUCCUGCGGUGGAAUCGCCAGCCGACAAGGUCUCUGGAGAACAGUGCGCUCUCUCAGACUCUCUGCCGCCCAGAUCUCCAUCAGAAAUUCGAUCUGCCAGGAUAGAGCAAGUAGUCGCUCCCGCUAAGAGAACUGUUGGGAUCCUUUAGCGAUCGCCGCUCCUUAAAAUCAGAAAGGCAAAGGCGCAGGGAGCGGGAUGGGACCCCGCUGGGGAGCGAGAGGUCAGACUGGGCGGCGGCAAGCGCUGUUUCUCUUCCUGCUGUCUUUGCUCUGCCCGGCGCGCUCAGAGCCUAUCCGCUAUACGAUUCCCGAGGAGCUGGCCUGGGGCUCGCUGGUGGGGAACCUCGCUAAAGAUCUGGGGCUUGACGUGCGGGAUUUGCCUACUCGAAACCUGCGGCUUAGUACAGAGAAGAAAUUCUUUACCGUGAGCUCUGAGAACGGAGACUUACUUGUCAGCGACCGUAUAGACCGAGAGCAGAUUUGCGGAAAGAAGCCCACGUGUGUUCUGGAAUUUGAAAUGGUCGCUGAAAAGCCCUUAAACUUUUUUCACAUAACCGUGGUGAUCCAGGAUGUCAACGACAACCCACCGAUUUUCAGUCAAAAUAUCACUGAGCUUGAAAUCAGCGAACUGACGCUAACUGGAGCCACGUUUGCCCUGGAAUCAGCUCAAGAUUCGGAUGUAGGUGUCAAUACACUGCAGCAGUACUACCUCAGCCCCGACCCGCACUUCUCUUUGAUUCAGAAGGAGAACCCGGACGGCAGUAGGUACCCGGAGCUCGUAGUGAAAGCGCCCCUAGACAGGGAAGAGCAGUGCUGCCAUCACUUGACCCUGACAGCAUUGGACGGGGGCGAGCCGGCCAGGAGCAGCACUACCCAAAUCAGGGUAGUUGUCGCAGACGCAAAUGAUAACCCCCCAGUGUUCACCCAGGACAUGUACAGGGUCAGUGUUCGGGAGAACCUGCCUGCUGGCUCCUCGCUGCUGAGAGUGAUGGCCACUGACCUGGAUGAGGGCGUCAAUGCCGAGAUCACCUACACCUUAAUCAACGUUGGUAAGGUAAUGAGGCAACUGUUCAAGCUGGAUAGUAAGACAGGAGAACUCACCACUGGUGGAGGACUGGACUUUGAAGAUCGAGAGAGCUACACACUUGGGGUGGAAGCAAAGGAUGGAGGACAUCACACUACUCAUUGUAAAAUACAAAUAGAUAUUUUGGAUGAAAAUGACAAUGCUCCUGAGAUAACCCUUGCUUCUGAAUACAAACAUAUACAAGAAGAUGCUGAGCUGGGGACCACUGUCGCCCUGAUCAAAACACAUGAUCUAGAUUCAGGAGUUAAUGGGGAAAUCCUAUGUCAACUAAAAGGAAAUAUCCCAUUUAAAAUAGUUCAGGAUACAAAAAACACAUACAAGCUGGUGACAGAUGGAACCCUGGACCGGGAACAGACGACUGAGUAUAAUGUCACCAUCAUGGCCACUGACAAGGGCAAGCCACCCCUCUCUUCCAGCACAAGCGUCACCCUGCACAUCGCUGAUGUCAACGACAACGCUCCAGACUUUCCCCAAGCCUCCUACGUGGUCCAUGUGGCCGAAAAUAACCCGCCCGGCGCCUCUAUCGUGCAAGUCAGCGCCUUCGACCCGGAUCUGGGGCAAAAUGGCCGUGUCUCCUACUCCAUAGUAGCCAGCGACCUGGAACCGCGAGCGCUGUCGUCCUACGUGUCUGUGAGCGCGCAGAGCGGGGUGGUGUUCGCGCAACGCGCCUUCGACCACGAACAGCUGCGCGCCUUCGAGCUGACGCUGCAGGCGCGUGACCAGGGCUCGCCCCCGCUCAGCGCCAACGUCAGCCUGCGCGUGUUGGUGGACGACCGCAACGACAACGCGCCCAGGGUGCUGUACCCGGCGCUGGGACCCGACGGCUCAGCGCUCUUCGACACGGUGCCGCGCGCAGCGCAGCCGGGCUACCUGGUCACCAAGGUGGUGGCGGUGGACGCAGACUCGGGACACAAAGCCUGGCUGUCCUACCACGUGCUGCAGGCCAGCGAGCCCGGGCUUUUCAGCCUGGGGCUGCGCACGGGCGAGGUGCGCACGGCGCGUGCAUUGGGCGACAGGGACGCAUCCCGCCAGCGCCUGCUGGUCGCUGUACGAGAUGGAGGACAGCCACCCCUCUCAGCCACCGCUACGCUUCACCUGGUCUUAGCUAAUAGCCUGCAGGAGGCUUUGCCAGGCCUCAGCGACCGCCCCGCCCCCUCUGACCCUCAGACCGAGUUGCAAUUUUAUCUGGUGGUGGCCUUGGCCUUGAUCUCUGUCCUCUUCCUCCUCACCGUGAUUACCGCGAUCGCCCUGCGCCUGCGACGCUCCUCUAGCCCCACCGACUGGGGCUGCUUUCAGCCAGGUCUCAGCUCCAAAUCUGGACCUGCGAUUCCCCCCGGCUACAGUGAGGGGACUUUCCGUUAUUCCUAUAAUCUAUGUGCUGCCUCACAUUCCUCACAGACAGAGUUUACAUUUCUCAGUAUAAAUCCAGAAAUCACUCCUCCACAAGAUCUUCUGUGCGAUGAAGGCUCUUGGGUUGAAAGCACCAGCAAUGACAAUCCCAAAAUGACUUCUAAGUCAGUCAAUUUGCAACAGAAAUUUUUUAAAAAAACAGAAGACGGUGCAGUGUUAAGUCAGGACUCUAAGCGUCGCUGUUCACUAACUCGGGAGAGAAAAGCGAUGGGAACUGGAGUUCUAAACCGCAAACACAAGGCAGAUCAGACACAAAAACUCUCCAGCUGCGCAGGAAUUCUAACUGCGAACGCUUCGCUUCAGCUCUCUGCUUGUUUAUGGACCUUGACCUCUAAUUCUGAGAAGCACAAAGUAAUGUGGACACGUUCCUGUUACAUAAUCCUAAGGAAGUCCAUAAGGAGCCAGUAA